GUCUCAAGGACGGAGAGUCGACGAGAAGCUGCGUUCAGGGACCCGCCGCCGAGAGGAGCAGCAGGAGGAAGUGAUCCUCCCUGGUUCCUUCUCACUGCGUGGAGCUGCUGUAGAGACAGAACACAGUGUCCUCUGCUGUUCCAUAAAUCAUAAAGGAGUUCAUGUUCGUCCUCUCACACCGGACGACAUCUUCUGGACUUUGAACCCAGGGGCUGUCAGGAGACAUGGAUUCACCAGGACAUGACGGCCCCGAUCUGACGAACGGGAUGGAGAAGACGAGCACGCUGAAGCACUUUCCUCCUUACGGAUCCAUGGGUGGAAACUCGACUGGCGACACCUGCCCCACGUGUCGGGGAACCGGGCGGAUUCCCAGAGGUCAAGCAGAUCAGCUCGUAGCUGUGAUAUCGUGUAACGAUGUCAGACUGAAACCGAGACGCACGAAGCUGUACGUGUGCGCCUCCAUGGCCGCGUGUGUCUGUCUCUGCUGUCUCAUCCUCUUCUUCCUCUUCCCCCGGAGCAUCACCCUGACGCCCGUGUCCGUGCUGUCGGUCAUGGUCUACUUCCACCCGGACACCGUCAAUGUGCAGGUCACAAAUCUCAUCAACGUCACCAACGAGAACUUUGUGCCGGUCCAGAUCGUGGAUUUCAACGUCCAGAGUGUGGUCGCCGACAUCGUCCUGGGCAAGAGCAAGAUCUUAAACAUGACCGCCAUCCCGUCCCGCUCGCAGAAGUCGUACACCAUUCGAUUUGAUCUGCCCAUAAGCGACAAAGGACUUAAUUCUUAUUGCAAGUCGAGCUCUAUCAACAUUCACAUGCUUUUCAUGGAGUUGCAAAUGACGCUGAACAUUUCCUACCUGUCCCACACGGAGCAGCUGUCCCUGAACGCCUUCGAGUACAUCGACUGUGGCACCAACUCGACGACCCCUCAUCCCGUCAGACGUGGGAUCGUGAAAUAAUGAAUAUUCAUGGACGCAUUGGACCUUUAACUCUUUGGUACAGGAUGUGUGAACGAUGACCGCAGAGAAAUACACAUCUGAUCUUGUUCUGUAUGUCGUUUUAGCAUACCUGAAGAUUUUAAAUCAAUCACUACCAAGUUCUGAUUUUAAAAAGUAGGUGGAUUAAAAUCCUCAACAUCUUUUUUGUUGUUGUUGUUGCUCUCAUUCGUUUGAGACGUGCCUGUAAAUCUUUUCUUCUUUUUUUAAAUGUUUAAUUAUGUAUAUUUUAUAAAAAUGGAAUUGAUUGCACAAGAGCUUAUUUCAUUUGCAGGACUCAGGAUGUUGAUCACUGAUAAUCGUGUCAUUUUGCACUUUAUUCAACUUUUGGCAUUUAAGGUUCUGCAUGUUAGAAAUGUUAAAUUUUUUGGGGGGCAAAUCUUGUGUAUUUGUGUUUAGCACCUUGGACCAUUUCGUUCCCAUAAAUUCUGUACAUGCUAACGACUAAUAAACAAAUGUUGAAAUGA